UCGCGUCUCGCGGGAGCUCUUUAGUAGUAACCGUAGAAGUACUCGUGCCGGGCGUAGUACGUGCUGCGUCGUUCCGUAUAGGCGCGCGAGCCGGUCGUUUCGUGUUCGCGUUCGUACUAUAGUUUACCAACGAUAUAUCAAUAACAAUAUUAUUAUAUAACAACCAUUGUCGUGUGCGUUGCUUAUAAUAAUAUAUAAGUCUCGACGCAUUUUUUUUUUGCCGUCGCAAUAUUCAUCGCAGUGUGCUGCGUUUACCGCGAAUAUACGAUCGAAUUAUUUUUUUAUUCGUCCGAACACCGCCAACACGUACCGUAGUCAGCCGAAACAGCAGAUAAUAUGCAGAUAACGAUCGUCGUCAAACGGUGUUGAGCACUAGCCAGUAGGGACGACACUCGAGAGUCGCUAUGAAGGCGGCCGGAGGGUUCGUCUUGUUGAUCCGCGUCUUGGCGGGAUUAUGGCUUACAGCCGAUUGUUCCAAGUUCACCGCCGAUGAACUGCUUUGCUCGAUUUACCCGAAAAAAAUGUCUAAUGAUGUCGAUUUAGACCCCUGCAAAGCCGGUAAUUUUAUGGGUGAUAUAGCCGUGCCGGAUGUAGAGUACACUAACAAAAACGAAAAAAACAGACAAGCAUAUGCAGAAAAAGUUGAAAAAUACAAAAAAGAAAUCAACGAAGGGUUGCAAAUCGAAGAAGAGGGUAUCGUACCAGGAACGAGUAAGUCAACUGAUGUAGCGCAGAUCAAGAUAAGACACAGGCACAACAACAGAACAAGGAAAAACCACUUGAACAAGAGAAAAAACGAUGAUCAUCGGGAUAAAACUACAGUUCUUGAUAAUUCUCUAACCAGGAACAUUGUCCAUUCGAGGAGACGCAGAGCGGCCACGGCAAGAAAAGAAAGGGUAUGGGAUUUUGGCGUAAUACCUUACGAAAUCGACAGCAGCUUCGGCGGCCCGCACAAAGCGCUGUUCAAACAAGCCAUGCGACAUUGGGAAAAUUUCACGUGCAUUAAAUUCGUCGAACGUAAUCCAGACGAGCACCCUAAUUACAUUGUGUUCACUGAAAGACCUUGUGGAUGCUGUUCUUUCGUGGGCAAACGUGGCAACGGUCCGCAGGCGAUAUCCAUAGGCAAAAACUGCGACAAGUUUGGCAUUGUCGUGCACGAGCUUGGACAUGUGGUCGGCUUCUGGCACGAACACACCAGGCCGGAUCGUGACAAUCACGUGCAGAUCGUGAGAGAUCACAUCAUAGUCGGACAAGAAUACAAUUUCAAUAAAUUAACCGAAGAAGAAGUAAAUUCAUUGGGCCUUCCAUAUGAUUAUGAUUCCAUCAUGCAUUACGCAAAGAACACAUUUUCAAAGGGAUCGUAUUUAGAGACCAUACAUCCGAUUGAUGCGGUAAGAAAUUUGAAGAAACGUCCAGAGAUCGGACAGCGUGUCCGUCUCAGUGAAGGAGACAUAGCCCAGACGAAGCUUUUGUACAAAUGUUACAGAUGUGGAAAGACCUUGCAGGAGAACAGCGGAAUUUUCGGUUAUUCGCCCGAACCUGGACAGGAGUACGGAGAUAGGUGCGAAUGGCGUAUUACAGCCACCCAUGGCGAGCGUAUCGUGCUAAACAUCACUGAGCUCGACAUACUAAAAUCGGACCAAUGCAGCACCGAUUAUUUGGAAAUCCGCGAUGGGUACUGGCACAAAUCUCCACUGCUCGGCAGGUUUUGUGGGAGUGUUCGCAUUCAAGACCUCAUCGUAACCGGCAACAGCAGAAUGCUCAUCAGUUUUAUGAUAUCCGACAAAGGUACAAAAUACAAAGGAUUCACGGCAAAUUACGAAGCCGUUUGCGGAGGAGAAGUCAUUGUGACUGACGAACAAGGGCACUUGGAAUCGCCCAAUUUUCCAGACGAUUAUUUACCGAACAAAGAGUGCGUUUGGAAACUUACAGCACCAGAGGGAUACCAAGUCGGAUUGAAAUUUAACGUAUUCGAGAUCGAAAACCACGACAAUUGCUUCUACGAUUACGUGGAGAUCAGAAACGGACAUUCGGCCGACAGCCCUUUGAUAAACAAGUAUUGCGGCUACAAGCUUCCCUUGGACGUCCAUUCCAGCACGAACAAACUGUACGUCAAAUUUCUAUCGGACAGCUCGGUGCAGAAAGCCGGAUUUUCCGCUACAUUUAUGAAAGAGUACGACGAAUGCACAUCGGUGGACCACGGAUGCGAGCAGUUCUGCAUCAACACGCUGGGCGGAUAUGAUUGCGCCUGUAAGGUGGGCUUUGAACUACAUUCUGACAACAAACACUGCGAAGACGCUUGCGGCGGUAUAAUUGAAGCGACAAAUGGCACGAUUACAAGCCCUUCGUUUCCUGACCUGUAUCCCGGAAAUAAAAGUUGCAUAUGGGAGAUCAUAGCGCCAAUUCAGUUCAAAAUCACACUGAACUUUACUCACUUCGACCUGGAAGGGAACAACUUACACCAGGCCGAAUGCGAAUACGACCGAGUGGAGGUGUACAGCAAAAUCGGUUCGGACAAACUCCGGAAGCACGGCGUGUACUGCGGCCAGGAAGCGCCGUCCAUGAUCACUUCGGAGGCGAAUGCACUGCGCGUGGAAUUCGAGUCGGACAGCUCCGUGCACAAGACCGGAUUCGCCGCCGUCUUCUUUACCGACAUGGACGAGUGCGCCAUCAACAACGGUGGAUGCCAACACGAGUGCAAAAACACACCAGGAUCAUACGAGUGCACGUGCAACAACGGGUUUACUUUGCACGAGAACAAGCACGACUGCAAGGAGGGUGGUUGCAAGCACGAGAUUUCGGCACCACGUGACGUCAUUAGCAGCCCCAACUACCCGGACUCGUAUCCGGGCCGGAAGGAUUGCGUCUGGCAUUUCACCACCACCCCGGGUCACAGGAUCAAAGUGCUCUUCGACACAUUCGAAAUGGAACCGCACCAAGAGUGCGCGUACGAUCACAUCACGUUCUACGACGGGCCCACGCCGGAUUCGCAGACGCUUGGACGGUUUUGCGGCUCCAAGAUCCCGCACCCCAUAGUGUCCUCGUCCAAUCAACUGUACUUGGCCUUUAAAAGCGACGCUUCGGUGCAACGUAAAGGAUUUCUGGCCACGCACAGCACGGUUUGCGGUGGUAGGCUGAUAGCCACGAACAACGUGAAACACUUCUACUCGCAUUCCAACUACGGCGAUCUGAACUACGACAGCGACGCUACGUGCGAAUGGACCAUCGAAGCCAAAGCCAACAUGAACGUGCACCUGACGUUCUUGACUUUUGAACUGGAAGACGAAAAAGAUUGCAUGUAUGACUACGUGGAGGUGUGGAGCAGCUUGGACACAAGCGGACCGUUCUUCGGAAAAUUCUGCGGACCAACCAACCCAACGGAUGUGAUAUCCACGAACGACGCUCUGUUGCUCCGGUUCAAGACAGACAGCACCAUCGUAAGCAAGGGAUUCUCCGCGUCGUACAUAGCCGUGGAGUCAAUGAACCCCAGCGUCGAGUAUUCGUCGGUGCCUGACGAAGACGACGUCGACUUGACUUAUCACAAGGCCAAAAAGAACAAGAAGAAAAAGAACAAACCAUCGUCGCCGUCGUCGUCGAACAAGACGAACGGCGAUGGAGACGACGACGACGACAACGACGGCGGUGGCGGUGGCGACGAAGACGACGAUGAUGACGACGAGGACGAUGACAUGCUCGCCGUCAAGGGUCCGUGAUGCAGAUAUGAUAUUACAUGAUAAUAUAUAAACAUAGUAACCCGGCGACGACAGACGGUUAAGAAGUUUAAAAAAAAAAACAAAAAAAAAAUACUUAAAAAGAAGCAAAACAUUAGUUUAUUAUAAUAUUAUUAUUCAAUACAUAGCGAUUUCUAGAAUAUUACCUCUACGAGACCCCUAUUUAUGAUAACAUUAUUAUUAUCGUGCGUGUAACAGGUGCCCAUCGUAUAUUAUCAUAAUAUUGUUCUUCGGAUCAUAAAAAAAAUCUACACUUCAGUCCGCCAGCCGUGUAACUUUAUGAUAAUAUUAUAAUUAUAUUAUGUGCCAAAUAGAAAACGUCCGACCUACUCGCCGUGUCACACGUCACAAUAUUGAAAUAUAUAAUAAAAUAAUAUAGAUACGUAUCGAUUUCGUAUAAGAUUUUAGUAAGUCGUUUUCGCGAUCUCAUGUAAUAAUAUAAUAUUAUAUGUUUGAUAUACGUGCUCCUCGAACCCCACGAUCAAUGUCCAGUCUUAGACACUGCUGCAGCACCCGUCGAAAUCGUCACCAGCUCGAUAAUAAUAUUAUAUUGUUAUCGAGUUUGUUAUAAUAUAAUAUCGUAUCGUAUAUAAUAAUAAUAUAUCGUACGAUCCCCCCCGCGGUACGCGAACCGAUCGAUCUCGACGCGGUUUCAAUUAUUUUUUAUUUUUUUUCAUUAUUACCUACUGCCUAUUAUAUUUUACUCGUUUUACUUUUGUAUACGUUUCGAUAUAGGCACAUUUUUACCAUCGACGGUACCAGUAUUUUUAUUUUUAUUUUUUGAAAUUCGUUUUUCCCGAUACGUUUAUAUAAAUAUUUAUAUGUAGGUAAUAAUAUGCGAUACCUAUACCAGAGUGCGCGCACUUACCGCCCGUGGUAUUAACCGGGUAUGUUAACGAUAUAGUAUUACCAUGUUCCGACGAUAUUC